UGACUGUUAGUAUUAACAGAAAAGCGAUUAUUCUCGAACGUCUUACACAUCAGAUUGUAAUAUUAAUUAAUCUAUUCAAAAUUAAAUAUUUAUAAUAACCAUUCAACGUCCAAUAGUUUUAAAAUUAAGUUUCUUCAGUAUAAGAGCAUUUGACAAAAAAAAUGCCACCAACAUUAAUGACUAUAGAAUAUUUUCGUAAAAAAACCGCUGCUGUUCAUAUUAUACUUUUAGUAGAUUAUUUGAAUAAGAAUAAAAUUACACAAGAACAUUUAGAUAAUCAAGAUAUUUUGGAUGAUAUAAUACGUAAGGGAAUGGGUAAAUCUGUAAGACAACGCCUUCCGCCAAAAGAUAUUAAUGCGUUUAAAGAAACUCUUCGCUUUUUUAACAUUGAUGAAUUGAAGAAAACUAAUCUAUACCGAAUAAAUCGUGGUAUAUUGGCCGUUGCUUGUGUUGAACAUAUCCUGUACCCUGACAAAGAUCAUAAAAAAUAUAAACAAAUAUAUAAUUGCGACAAAUUUACGGCAAAGAAGGUGUAUAAAAAACUGGGUGAACAUUGUGGUUUCACAACAGAAGAUGAGCUCGAUCCUAUUAUAGUUACAUCAAUUAGAUCUUUUUUUAGGAGCACCUUGUUUUGGAAAAAAAAAACAUUCUUGGAGACGAUAAGAGAUUAUUUGAAAACGGUUGACAUUAAUGCAGAAGAAAAGCACUACAUAAUGAAUGCGUCGAUUCAAUUUAUUAAUAAUAAGAAAACUUUUAAAACUAUUCACACUGUUCCAUUGCCAAGAUAUAUUAUGAAUCAAAAAUAUUUUCAAAAAAAAGGAAACGCAGAAGUUCUCAUUAAUUUGGUAAAUUAUUUGGAGAAAAAAGAAGUGAAAGAAGAAGAUUUAGAUAACGAAAAAAAUUUAAUAGAUAUACUGCGCGAGGGAAUGAAAAAAUUUGUCACCUAUCCACCUACAAAAUUAGAAUUAGAAGUGUUUAAAAAAACGAUUCUAAAUUUUACAAUCGAAUACUUAACGGUAACUAAUCUUUAUCGAAUAAAUCGUGGGAUAUUAAUUGUCGUAUGCGUUGAAUAUGUUCUUUUUCCUGGACAAGAUUAUGAAGAGUAUAGAAAGAUUUAUGGCGGCGAUCGCUCUAAGGCCACCGCAUUAUAUAAAAAACUCUGUGGUAUUCCUAAAGAAAAUAAAGUCAAUGGAGCCUUAGCUAAAUCGGUUAGAACUUUUUUUCAGUAUCGAAAUAGAAAUGUGGAAACGAUUCGAUUAUAUUUACAAGAUAUCGAUAUUGAUUCUGAAGAGAUCGAAUAUAUAAAAAAUGCGUCGAUUCAAUUGAUUAGAGGUAAUGAAGCUAUUGAAGCUGAUCAACCGAUGGCUGCAAUCGAAGAUCAUCCAAUAAAUGUGAUCACCGACGACGAGGAAACCCUUCCACCUAUCUCAGAUAUGCCAUUGGAACAUGUUGACUCUCCUUCAGGAGUAUUAAUACCGGUAAACCAGGGAUUUCUUUCCCGUUACUCUCCCAAUGAGGUGGUGUUGGCGAAAAGGUUCAAAUCGUAUUUCUGGCCAGCACAAAUUAUUGAAGUCUAUAGUGAUAAGAUAUAUGUUACAUUUUUUCCUCUAUCGGAAGAAAUGGAGCAAGAGGAACUCUCAUCGGAAGAAGAUGUAAGAGCUUUUACGGACGAAGAAAUCGAAGCCGCUGGUGCCUCUUUAUGUACAGGUUUAUCACAAGAAGCCUUUAAAAAUGCAGUGAAAUUUGCUUCAGCAGAAUUGAAUUGAAUACAUUCUCGUUAAUUUAUGCAUGCAAUAAAUCAUUUUAUGAUAAUUAUACUCCAGGAAGUCGGGGUUUUUAUCUCAAAAGAUUAGUGAUAAACUUAUAGCAACCCCAAAAGGUGACACUCCGACCACUUGAAGGUAAAUAUUUUUUUUACAUUCAAUUGGAGGCCUCAGCGGGGAAUGAUUAUCGAAAUAAUCAUUCAAGUGAAUACUCUAAAUAAAUGCGUCAAUUUGCAAUUGCUCUAUGAAAAUUGAUAAAAAAAAUAUAAAUUUGUACAAUAAAAAGAAUUAAUAUGCCUUGUUGUUUAACGCACCGCUUAAUGCCACAUUUUUGCGCCAUUUAUGUAAACUAU